UUGCGCGCUCAGUUCAGCGCGCUUCUGCCUUCCAGUCGCGGGCGGAGUGGCAGAGGUGUCGGACGUGUCGAGCUUACGCGCGCUUUUAUUACCGGCAACUCGGAAAAUUAAACAAUAAGUUGCGAAAGUGUUGUGAGUUUUCCGUGAAUAUUUCCAAUCAUACACGAAUCUUGACCAACGACCAGUGUACUUUGCGAGAAUUACGGCAACCUCGAAUAUAAAAUGCCAAUCUUGUGAUUUACAAUACAUAGCUGGAUUAUAGGAUAUUAGUUAUCAAUAUCUGACAAGUUUGUAAUUGAAACAGAAAAUACUAAUUGACAGUCUGUCAGUGUAACGACUAGUGAUACUGUUUACUUAGUGUUUUUGGGGAAGAUCUGACAAUUUAUUCCAACCAUUUGUGAAGUAAAUAAGGAGUUGUAUCUUGUAUAGAUUAACAAUUUAAAACGUUUUAAUUUUCAAAUCAAGUUUAAUACAAUUUAUUAUAAUAACAAAGGGCGUAAUUAGAGUUACUUUAAAGGGCGUAGAUCUUGUGUUUGUUUUCGUUCUUUUUUGGUACAAGUUUGCAUUUAUCUUUUGAAUCUCGCACUUCAGUGAAUAACUAAAUUUCAAUAAUCACAAACCGGUGCUUUAUAACUUGUAGUGUCUCAUCGUGCGUGAAGUAAUAAUUAGUGUUGUACGCGACUAUUUCUUGACAUGUAGUACAUGGGUUAAAGUUUACGUUCAGAGGGGAGCGAGAGGUGUACCGGAAGAACUGGCGUCUCCAUCCUGGAGACCAUGAGAUCCAUCUCCCCCUUCAGGAAGAAGAAGAGGUAGAAUGGUGGCCGGAAGUGCCGCGGGUGCCGUGGUGGCUGCCAACGCCACGUAUCCGGUCAUGGAGAUAAACAUACCUUACGUGGUGAGCGAGGUGGCCGUGGCUUUCAUCGCGGUGAUCGGGAACCUCUUGGUGAUCCUAGCCUUCAGGAGAGAGCGCCGACUCAGGAGGCGCACCAACUACUACAUAGUGUCCCUGGCAGCCGCUGACCUCCUGGUGGGCCUCCUGGGCAUCCCCUGUGCUCUCCUGACCAGCGUGGGUCUCCCUCCCCACAAGCACGUGUGUCUCUUCACCACUUCCCUCCUGGUGGUGCUCUGUACCAUCUCCAUCUUCAGCCUGGUCGCCGUCUCCGUGGAUCGCUACUGGGCUAUCCUCUACCCCAUGGGCUACUCUAGGAAUGUCCGCACCAAGACCGCCAUAGGUAUCAUCUGUGUCUGCUGGGUGGCCGGCGGUAUCGUCGGGUUUCUACCUCUCUUCGGCUGGAACAACGUCCAGGGCGAGAUCUCCUCCUGCUUCUUUGAAGAGGUGAUGUCUCCCCAGUUCCUGGUGUUCCUGUAUUUCGCCACAAUAAUCGGCCCUGCCACCGUCAUGGCAGCAUUCUACACCCACAUCUACACCGUAGUACUCAAGCAGCUGAAGCAGAUGGUGACAGUGAACGGAACGAGUAGCGGUACUCACGGGUCCAUGUUAAGGGUGCUGGGGGCUGCGAGGAAGCGAGAAGUCAAGGCUACUCAGAAUCUCUCCAUCAUCGUCCUCUUCUUCAUGGUCUGCUGGAUCCCCCUCUACACCAUCAACUUCUUCCAGGCCUAUUAUCCUCCGUGGCACGCCCCCUCAACAGUCACCUUCUGCUGCAUCAUCCUUUCUCACCUCAAUUCUGCAGGGAACCCUUUGUUGUACGCCUACCACCUGAGGGACUUCAGGGCUGCCCUCAGGUCGCUCCUGUUCGGACUGACUCCGGAGAAGGUGGUGGGGAGGGAGAACACCGCUUUCCAGGAAACGCCGACCGAGCAGCGAGACCGCCUCAAGCGAGUCAGCUCGGCCAGCAUACUCUACCCCCGAUCAUCGCCCAGCCCUUGCAGCGGGGACACCGUCGCAGCAUGACGGUACCGUUGUACCACCCUGAGUCUGUCUAUCAGAUACCCCAACAUUUCCGAGCCUUGGAUCUCAACCUCUCCUGCAUUGCCGAGAAUUCGCAAUCUGAAGAGCCCAAGAGCAUGAGUGUCCUUCAUCUGCCGUCGAUGGACAGGAACGGCGCAGACAUCAAGAAGUCCCUAGACGAUGCCCUGAGACAGCCCAAGGAUUCCCCAAUGGCCUACAUGGACGAGAGGACCCAGGAAGU